AUGGAAGGUCGAAGUGAGGUAGGACGGCGGCAGCGCCAGGUUAGCGGUAGCACGAGAAAUGUCGUGGUCGGGUGCGCGAUACCAGGUUUAUGGAAGGGCGAGGAAGGCUUGGUGUUGGCGUACCAGGGUAGUGAAAGGUUGCAGGAUGUUGCCCUGGGAGCAUGGGUGCUGUCGAAGUAUAAGUUGAGGGUCCGAGCAACUGCGCAAAGGCGACAAGGUGCAGGGAGUCGAAGUGGGAAUCAGGGGGCUGUAGUCUUGGUUGGAUAUGUGGGGCAAUGGAAGGAACAGCAGGAUAAUAAAAGGUGGGAAGGGGCCCUGGUUGGUACAACCGAGGGUGAAGAGGAGGCUGUCAUCGUGGAUGACGACGAGGAAAAAGAAAAUAGAAUAGAAGUAUUCGACUUAUGUAACUGCCAAUGUGGCGUCCAUCCCAGGGCUAAAGAGGGCCCGGGUGUUCGGACUUUUUGGCCGACGCAGCCAUUUCCUAAUGAGAGGAAUAUUUCGAUCCCAUACUGGUAUUACCGUAUCAUUGCGGUGGCGGCCCACAGUACUAUUUCAGCGGAGAUUCUCCAGCAAAAUGAGGCGAGUACCCAAACAGGACGGUAUUUCAAUCCCAAAGCGGCUUAA